AUGUCCUCUGGUCAACCUCUUGACCCAUACUGGCCGGUUCCGCCGCCAUCCACCUCUUCCGUUCCCGCAACGUCCGAACUGUUUGGCUCGACGUACGCGAUGCUCAGCGACAAUGCCACGUAUCCGGAUCAUUGGACCAGCAAGCAGGUCACACAGAGCAUUCUGUUCGAGCAACCGCAAAUCCAACCGCUUGUCACGGGUAACUCUUACGAUCCGCCGGUGCGCUUUGAUCCACCCUACACCUACCGGACUGCUGCCGCGAGUUAUAUGCCGGCUGCGCUCACCGCCGCCGCACAGCAAUACUAUCCGACACGAACGGCCGGCGCUUACACCGCCGGACAACAGUUCUACGCGCCCACGUUGCCGAAUCCGCAACAGAUUCUUCUUGCGGCACACGCCGCACAGGCCACUCAGGCUGCUAACCAACAAGUGUUGAGGCCUGAACCCCUUCGGCCCGGUGUCACGACGACGAAAACGAACGGCAGCCAGUUUGGACGGGCGAAUGGAGUGCAUCGCAGUUCGAGCAACAGCUCCGCCGAGACGACGACGAUGACGAUGCGCCAAAACUCGGGAUCAGUGGCCACCGUUUCGCCGUCCGAUGAUGUAAGUUUUUGAUUGGAAUGGGGGGGGGAGGGCUAGGUGUAGGCGCUGAUCUUUUGAAACAAACGUUCUAUGAAGCAAGAAAGGUAGUCGGACUAGUGUCUGCGUGGGUUUAGGCACGCUCAAGAUGAAGAUGAACGGUAGUUUUGAUAGCAGGUGACAAUGAUAACGUUUGAGAGGUGAGGCGAUUAAAGUGGACAUGAAGUUUGAUCAAAGACAGGAGAGGGGGAUGGUUUAGUGAUGUACUGGUAAUAUACUUGGCCACCAAGAACUUCCCUUCACCAAUCAUACUCCACAUUUCAGAACUCUCUAAACAGCCCCGCGCUGACGUCAUCCGGCUCCGCAGCAUCCGGGACCCCACCCCUUGGAUCCGAAAUGAACGCCACCGACCUUGAAAGCGCGGACGAGGAGCGAGUAAUGUGUAUGGCAUGCCGUGGCGUCUACCCAUCCCGCCGCAGCCUAACCGGCCACAUUGGGCGAAACGAGAAGUGUCGCGAGAUCAUCGGUCGAAACUAUCUGGACGCGCUGGCCAGCGGCACAAAUCCUCCGAUACCGGGCACUGACGCCGCGAUCAAGUCGGGCGCAAUAACCACCGGAGCCGACGGAAUGAGUCCUGUUUGUCCGUAUUGUGACCGGUUCAUCAGUCAUUACAAAGGCAACAUUCGGAGGCAUAUAAAUCAGUGCUGCAAGAGUGCCGAACCGUUGAAACGGGUUCGAGUGGAGCAGGGAGAGAAGGCGGCGCCAAAGAAGAAGGUGAAGAGAGAAGAGCCGAACCUGCACCCGUAUGAGUUUCCCACUUCCACGGACCAGGACUCGAGUUCUUUAAGCAAUGGACUUUUGGGUUCUCCGAAAUUGUCAUCGCCUUCCAGUUCGUUUUACGGAACUAAUGGCUCUUCGGAAAUGUGCUCACCGAACGAGUAUUCGAAUGGACCCUACGAUCACUUCUCGACGAAUGGAUUGAACGGACAGCGAAGUCCUCAAGAAGCGGCGGUAAGUGAACUACUUUAUCUUCCUUCAUCCAUACCCCAAAACCCAUUCAGAUUCUUCAAGACGCGUACAUCUGCGAAGAUUGUGACUUUGUGACGGUCUACAAGGGCAAUAUGAAACGCCAUCUGAACACGUGUCAUCCUCAACCCGAGUGCAAAAGUCUGAAAGGUAGUGAGUACAUGACCAUGCGAACAGCGUUCGGGUGGAGAGACUGAAAUGUAGAGAGUAAAGGUUUCAGAAUGGGAUCAAAAGUUGGAGGGAAUGCGCGCUUCAAACCUGGGAAUCAGCGGCGACCGGCUGCAGGAACGGUUGGCAGCACAUAAGGCCAACUCGUCGCGCGGACGGAAGCCGCGGAAGAAGAAGGAGAAUAAUACGUCGGAGGAAGUGAGUCGGAAUCGAGAUCGAACGGUGACACAUUGCAUUCAACUCGUACUUUUACAGAGUGAGCCCAUGGAAUACAAGAUCAUCGACGCGGAUACCGGCGAUGUUCUCGAAGCCGUGGCGCCAACCUCAACGCAGACCAUCGAGGGCUUCAACAAGAAUAACAAUUUUCCGCCUCCACCGCCCCCGCCUCCGGCUUCUCAAUGCAUGUAAAAUCUCCAAAGUAUCUCUUUCGUUUAGUUCUACGUUUACUUUCUUUUCCCGUUCCCCGUUCCUUUCUAUGGUUUCUUCCGCUGCUCAAUUUUCCCUUCAAUACCUGUCCGCCCGUUUCGUUUCCAGUCUAGAAUCCCUCUCAAUGCCCAUACACACACACACAUAUCUUUCAUUCCAUAACUUUCGCCCUUUCUCUAUGCUCAUGACGUACCAUCCAAAUUCUCGUCAUCUCUUUCCUUCUUUCUCUCUCUCUCUCUCUCUCUCUCUCUCCCUAUUGUUGACCAGUGCCAUGUUUUGUGAUUAGCCCGCAAUUCAAUUCAACGAGAAUCGCCUAGUUUAGGUUUUAUUCAAAAAGAACAAGGUUCCAUGGAUGGUUUGUUGUAGGUACAGUACGCCUUCCAGAAUCUUCUCAUUGUUUUUCGUCCUUCGCUAGGUUUCAAUGUUUGCAUACAAAACAAAACGUUUCUCUCCCGGCUUCAUCUUCCGUCUACUGCUGACCUACUCAGGUGCUUCAUUUUCCCUGCUCUAAAGUUGCCACAUCCGGACCCAUCACCCCUGCACUAAUUCUCAAAACUAACUAGGAAACAAUUCAUUUUGACUCUAUUUGACUCCCCUGCCAUCCGCCCCAACAUGAAAUGGUUUUUGCAAUGAAUACAAUAUAUAAACAAGUUCUUCUCUAACUUCGUGGUGAACUAUGAGCAGUCGAGAGCAAGAUCAAGAUCAUAAACAUCAUUGGGAAUUCAUAAAUUCAUAAGAAAUCUAGAAUAUUUGAGAAGAUCCUGAGCACGCAACGCUCAAUCCUCAUAUUCUGCUCAUUUCGACAAGCUACCGGCCAUCGGUCAUGGUGAGUUUGGUGUCUAGUUACGAACAAACUGAACGUCGAUCUUGUUGAGUUUAGUUUGGAUUCAUUCACGAAAGUAUUCGGCAGCUUGUCAUUCGAAAGUACGGUGACGAUGUGUGGGCGCAAGUUUUGUAAGUUUCGAACAAGCUGCGGGCCCCCCAGAACAGAAUAACUUUCGCAGGGAACGUUCGGGAUUUGAGAGCGGCAAGGAGAAUAUUGUGAACCACUACUACUCGGAUACCGAUACCUACGUGCUUGUGGACAGUGUUUCCAUAGUGCUCAGUAAGCCUCUUUCAAAUCCUCUCUUUGCUCAAUCAAUCGUUUUCCAGAAGUGAGCAAAGACCAAGUAUGGGAAAUGUACGGCGGUUUUUUGAUAACGUAUUCGAUGGAAAUCGGAUGGGACGAACUGGUGCGUAGCAUGAGUCCAAACCUCAAAGGAUUUCUCGACAACCUGGAUAGCCUUCACUACUUUAUCGACCACGUCGUCUACAAGGCCAACCUCCGAGGACCGUCUUUCCGUUGUGAGGAGAAUCCUGAUGGCACUCUGCUCCUUCAUUACUUCACCGGACGCCCAGGUCUUUAUCAUAUUGUGAAGGGCGUUGUGAAGGAGGUGGCCAAGUUGGUGUUCAACUUGGACAUUACUCUUGUCGUGCACGGGAGAACGCAGAGAAGUGUGCAUAUGAACAACGGGGAACGAGUUGAGGAACACGUAGUUUUCCUCGUCAAGGUACUGAACAGAGAUAUGUCUUCAUUAGAACUUUAUUCAGAACAUUGGUGAGCCCCGUCGUGAUUCCGAUGGCUCCACAGCCAGCCUUUUGACAUCGUCGGGCCCAGACUUCAGCGAGAUCCUCGAUGACAACUUGCGAAUGUCGCUUGAAGACUUUUCCAGAGCUCUUCCCUAUCAUUUCGUUCUGGAUGAAUCGUGCAAGCUGGUGCAAUGUGGAGCUGAGCUCUAGUAAGUUUGAGAAAAAGUGUUGUGUCAUUUUGAGUGAUUAUUUCAGCAAUCAUAUUCCAAACGAGCUUCUCCAACCAGGAACUCCAAUUUUGCGGAUUUUCGAGAUAAACCGUCCGCAGAUUCCGUUAGACUUUGAAAAUAUUUGCAACUUUAUCAACGCUGUAUUUGUGCUCCAAGUGAAAACGUCGCCACUGAAGAAAAAGCAUAUGGAUGAAAUGACGAAGGAAGAAAGGAAGCAGGAAAUGUAUGUCUAGAAUGAAGAACAAGUGCCGUAGCAAACUUUCAGAGAAUCCAUGGAAGAAACCGCUGUAAGUGAGCCGACGCAAGGAUGUCACCUGAAGCUUAAAGGCCAAAUGAUGAUGUUGUCCACUAAGAAGCAUAUCAUUUACUUGUGCUCUCCGUACGUAACCUCUAUCAAUGAGCUCAUGCAGUUCGGUAUGCGGCUCACGGCAAUGCCGCUUCACGACGCUACCCGCGAUCUGAUACUUCUCAAUCAGCAACGCCUUUCGGACGUCGAAGUAAAGUGAGUAAGAAUGUAACUUUCCUCCCCAUCUAAUUUACCUUUUCAGUCUUCAACUCGAAGCCAACAACGAACAACUGGAGCACAUGAAACGAGAACUAGAGGUGGAACGUCAGAAAACUGACUCAAUUCUCAGAGACAUGCUGCCGAGGAGAAUUGCUCAGCAGUUGCUCAGCGGCGAGCACAUUGAGCCGUGCGAGUACGAAGCCACAGUCAUGUUCUGCGACCUUCCUGCAUUCCAGCAAAUCAUUCCAGUUUGUCCGCCCAAAGAUAUUGUGAAGCUACUCAACGAGGUGUUCUUCAAACUGGACCGCAUUGUCGUCCUCCGUGGCGUCUACAAAGUCGAGACGGUCUCCGACAGCUACCUGAGCGUCUCCGGCAUUCCGGAUUUCACCUUGGAACACGCUGAAAACAUGUGCCACGUGGCGUUGGGUAUGAUGUGGGAAGCGCGUACUGUUGUGGAUCCUGUCAACAAGUCGCCGUUUCUUCUGCGAAUCGGCCUACACUCCGGCACCAUUAUAGCCGGGGUCGUCGGCACAAUGAUGCCGCGCUAUUGUCUGUUUGGAGAGACCGUCACUCUCGCUUCACAAAUGGAGUCACAGGGAGUUGCGGGAAAGAUUCAGUGCAGCAAAUGGACGUAUGAGAAAGCCAUCGAGACGGGAAGAUUCGAAUUUGCGCCGAGAGGACGGAUUACUGUAAAGGGGAGAGGAGAAGUGGAAACGUAUUUUUUGACGAGAAGCUUGAAGAAAAGUCUCUGGGAGAUAACAGCGCAUGAAAGAGGCAGGUCGAGGUAAAAAUACAUGCGCCUACAAUGUCCUUUUGCCCAGAUAUCAACGUGAACAGCAUAGAAGGCUACGAAGAGCUCGAGACGUUCAUUGAAAAUGCUCAAGCGUCUGCGUCUUCAAAACCAGCGGAAAGUCUUCCAAGACCUGGUCAACAUAACUCGCCAACCUGCACUAUUGCUUAA